UCGCACCUGCGAUCAACAAGCACCAUUGACAGUGUACUACGUCACGUUGGUACACCAUUCACAACAUUUACUGCAGUCAACACCAGUCAGAGAGAGAAUGAGCAGCCGUUGGGAUUAUUCGGACUCUGACAGUCUGCAUUUCUCGUGGGUCUGAAAUACUUUUAACGUCCCAAUAGUCCAAACUGUCGCUCAUUCUCUCUCUCUCUCUGAUUCAUGUUGACGGCUUGCAGUGUUGUGAAAUGGUCACUAGCGUGACGUAGUACACUGUUAGCGUGACGUAAUACACCGUUACCGGCGCUUGUUGAUCGAUGGUGCGAGUCGCGUACUUUGCUAGCAGAUAAUUAAUUAAUGGAUUGGUUUUGGAGGCUGAAAUUUACUGGUUAGCUUUUUAUCGCCUAUAUCUAUUGAUACCUGCAAACAAAUAAACAAACAAACAAACAAACAAACAAACAAACAAACAAUAAAAACAAAAACAGAAAAAGUUUGGUCUUUAAAUCAGCUAGUCGGUAUAGUAAAACUGAGGGAUCUAAUUUGUACAAUAAAAUGGAUUUUUUUUUGACGUGCUUGUAUGUGUAUGUAGUAAACUUCUAAAUUUAAGGAUAGGUUACUUUCGUUUUGUAGUUUGCAGUUUUAAAUUCUUUGCUUGACAACGAGUGAACUUUUACCUACACCCUCGUAACAUGUAGAUGUAAAGUUAACAAAGCCUAACAUGUCCUGUAUAUUGCUGAGGUUAAGGCAGCUGAAAACAGUUCUUUCUUUACAUUACAGCAGCAAGCAAAAUUACUGCAUCUAAUAUCUGGUAAGCAUAAUGGAGGAAUAAGGUAAUUUAUUUGCUGUAAACUGUUGUUAAGGGUAUUUAAUAGCAGUAAAAAGCACUAAGAACAGCUAAUUAGGUUUCUACUGUAGGUUAAGACAUAUUUAUUCAUAACACGUUAGUAUGUAGAUAAAUCUAUCAAUGUGUGUGAGUGAGAUUGAGAGUUUCUGAGUGAGUUGCAUUUUCUAGGUAAUUAGUUAUUGAUAAAAGUAAUAAUGAAAUAGGACAAAAAUAUUCAGUUCAUAGGUCAGACAGAAUUUUAGAAGUUUGCCUAUUAAGCUUAUAUAUAUAUAAAUGAAAAAAUAAGAAAAAGACAACUUUCUGUCAAAGGAUGUAGUGAAAUGUGAUAGGUCAUGUACUAAUUGGUGUAUGAAUAGUGUCACGUGUCUGACGUCUUAUGUGCGUCAUUUGUUCCACGUCAAUUGACCCAGAAAAUGAUGUCAUAUUAGAAAGAAACGCAGUUGCUCUUUUAUGGCCAAGUGAUCGGGAAAACACAACAGUCUUCGUCCGCCAUUUUCUGAAUGACUGCCUCAGUGACAUUCCUCUGAACUUGUGCUUCUUUCAUUUGAUUCACCUACAAAUCUCUUCAUCCUCAUCUGCGGGGGCUCGUCCAGCGUUGUGUGUGUAAUACGUCGUGAGUAUGUAAGGUAAGUGUACGUUCAUCUGUUGCCGGACAAUGUUGCGAGACCCGGAGACCCGAGCCAGUCACUAUAAUAAAUAAUUCAACAUGAAUUCAACCCGUGGACUAUGAAGACCAUUAUGUACACAUCCCCCUACCAGCGUUAAACAUGCAAAUGAACGCGUGGACGACAAAGAUAGAAGGAAGGGAAAUAUUACGAUACAUCGUAGUGUAAUUUGACACAUUUACUCUAAGCGGUCACAUGAUCAAACUUGGUGUAUAUCGGAAUAAAAUGGUAAACACGCAUAUGUCAUACAACAAAUGUUUGCAUUCUAAUUCUGCCUUUCUUCAAAUUUAUUUUCUGGAUUUCGUUUUUGAUUUUUAACUAAAUUACUAAGUAUAUCGUAGAGGCAGAGAAAACUUGAAGACUGCAGUAGAAUUUAAAAAAAUGAUAAAAUAUCGGAAUAUUUCGUUUAUGAGAGAAUGAUAUACAAGUGAAUGCACAGCCUAAAGCGCUGAGUAUCCACUGUAAGUCUGUUGUCAGGUCUAAUUGCCGAUUUGGGACGAGCGCAUCUCUGACAGUGUGACUUGGGAACAGUCUGUGCAAUAUGAUCUGAUUAGGAUGUAGGGACGAGCGGAAGAGCCACAGAUUAAACAAAUAAAGUCAUCUGGUUCUUCAAGUCAUAACUGCUUUAAAAAAAUAUUGAGUGCUUGAACGAAAGAUGUGCCUCACUUAUGGUUUUUGCAAUAUCUGACCCACACAGAGAUGUGAAUAAGUAGAUUGUUAAUUAAAUUAGUGACAACAAUUUAAAAAUCAGAAAAAAUGUUUUUUUUUAAUCUGUUCAUCUCCAUCCCGUGCUACAAGUAAAGCCAUCGAGAGACUCAUGCACCCUUAGCGUCUCAGUUGCACAGAAAAGCAGCUUGCGCACUAUAAAUAUACAAAAAUAUACGCAGAUAUUUUUAAACAGUAUUAACCAUAAAAUUUUAAUAAUUAAUCAAGUCAUUUAAUUAUAAGAUGGUAUAAAUGUGGAGGAUGUAAACAUGUCAGUCACAUGACAGAGGUCCCAGUGGUUUCAAUGUCUUGAUAGAUGCCAUCAAUGUGAUGUUUCCGUAAUGUUAUGGCUGAAGGGCAAUCAGAGAGGUGAUGUUGGUCAGAGGCUAAAGCUCACCGGAAGCUGGCUGCACGAGCCACUUGUGUGACUCAAACCCUAGAGACGUGUAUGUCAUGUUGUGGUACAUAAUAACAUGACUUGCUUGUGUCAGACAUUGUGUGAACUCUUGGUUCAUUUUCAAGUUCGUUGCAGUUGAUGUUCAUCACUUCAGCCUACCAGGAUGAGGCAUUUAGGAUUCUGCAUCCGUGUACACGUGUUGAUGGUGUGUAAAACUGUGUGCUCGUGAGUGAAUAGGUUAAAUUUAGUGAAGAAUUGUAAUUCACUGCAACAGAAUGCUUCCUGGAAAAGUUAAGCUCACACUUUUUGUUUUGUGGAUGUCUGCUUCCUUCGGUAAAGCGCUGUCCAAUAGCUGCUCCUAUGUGACUGAUUCCAAAAAGUGGUUUUUGACUGGUGUCUGCACAGUCACUACUAUAUACAAGAAAGGGGGUUGGUGCCAGAUGAAGGCGUCAUUUAAGCCUCAUGAAGAGGUCUUUGGAAAUUUAACUUCAGUCGAAUUAUCAAACUCUGGAGCCUAUUUUUGGAACUGCUCGGCAAGACUGGAAUUAACUUCAUUAAAUGGAUUGCACAAUUACGAAGUGAGAUUCGCUGCAGUCGUUCCCAACUGGCGACCUGCCUUUACAGUGAGAAUCGCUGACCCAGGGCAGCCGAUCCUGAAAAACUGUCCAGAGCACGUAACAGAAGGAGAGAGCGUGACGUGCGAGUGUUCAUCAGAGCGUGACGGCGAGCCCCGCCCUAUCUUCUCAUGGCCUGGACACACAGACUCGUCAUUACUACGUCUGUACGACGUUACAGACAAUGACACGUAUUCAUGCGAGAUGUACUGGGGCAAGCAGACGAGGACUGUCAGCUAUAGUUUACUAGUAACACCCGGCAAGAAUGCAUCCACAUCUUCGGCCCAGAUCGUUGGUGUUGUAGUGGCUGCUGUAUUAUUAAUCAUUAUAGUCACUACAAUUGUCGUGAUUUUCAUAAUUAGGAAGAAAAGAGAUGCAUGGGCAAGAAUUUCAUCCACAAAAUCCAGGCUUAGUGAGGUUGUACUCAGUGAAAACCUCUUUUACGGCGACUUCGAGGUCGACAGCGGGAGAGAAGUUAAUGAAGACUCUUCCAUGCAGGGCGGAAAAUCACUAGAACCUGAUGUGUACUCAGCUGUGGAAAACGACGGCAGAAGACUAACAAUGUCGUCUGAUCUGUAUGCAAAUGUGGAGAUGAAUGCAGGUAGACAAACAACACAGGUGGAGCUGUAUGCAGCUGUCGAGAAGGACAAAGACAGACAAGUAGGUCAGCAUGACCUAUAUGCAGCUGUAGUGAAGUCAAAGGGCAAGCAAAAAGCCAAGGCAAACAAGUCAAGAUCUGCUGGUGCGAAACAGGAUUUCACCAACAAGGGAGAUAAGAAUGCCGCCGUUGACAAGGGAGCUAACCCUGAAAUUCAAGGGGAAGAAACGUACGCCCAGGUGAUAAAACCGGCUAAAUAGUGGAUAUCAUCAUCAAAACAAAAACUAUAAUGACCCAGUAUGUAAUCGAUAUAGUUUAAAAUGUAUCCUCUAAGUGAGAAUCCAAAACAACAUGGACACGAGUCGACUUGUGAAUGAACAAACAAUGAACAUAAUUAUGUAAGGAGUGGAUACAAUCACUCAGUGAAUAAAACACGAAAGGUUGUUUCAGUUUGGCUCAGAUCAAAAAUGUGGUCAUGGCUGUAGCACUUCAAAGUCACAAUUAGCAAUGAUUUGAAGAAAAUUGUAAACUAUUUUUUAAUUGGAAUGUGUGCAGAUUAGUAAAUGCAGGACAGCAACAAUAAGUGAAAUCACUUGUGUGUAGACAAGCUAAUCGUUCUUUUCGUCGUCUUGUGUUCCAAGUGUCCAUCUUAUUUAAGGCACCAUCUUUUAAUUUUAGUCUCAUUUAAAGUGCUACCGUCAACAUUUUCUCUCAUCAUUUUUUCAUGUAUUAUUUAUUGUUAUACUUUUGCGCUUUCAUAAAAUAGAACGACAAUUUGAAUAGACAGAUGUUAAAUAAAUAUCACUUAUUUACGAAAGAUUGUGAAAUACUUUAUUGCUUCAGUCAAUGAUAAUAUACAUGUGAAUUGUUCUGAGUUUGAAAGCAGCUAGAAAAGAAUAAGGCUUGGAAGAUAGAGAAAAGAGCAAGACUCAGACAGAAAGAGCUGAAACAAAAUUAAAAAAGGAAAACAUAAGCCGAAGAAAUAAAGAUGAAGGAAUGGAAUGUGUCUAAAAUCAAGCUGUUUGUCACAAAGAAUAUAGAACAAAAGAUAUAUGAAUAAAUAAGGUUGUUAGAAAA